UAAGCGUGGCCCAGGAGCCAUCCCUCCUGGUGCUCCCGGCCAACAUCCUGAAGCCCCUUGGCGACAAAGCCUACGUGUCCUGCAGCGCCGUCGUCGACAACCCGGAGCUGGUGACGGAGAUGCGUUGGUCCGGACCCAACGGCCAGGAGAUACCCAACGCCGAGGGCACACUUGAUGGCAGGAUCAUCGCCCUGGAGAGCAUCGAGGGCUCCGGGAAGCUCGACCUCAUGAUCCAGAACCUGCGGGAGGAGGACUCGGGCGAGUACGAGUGCACCGCUGUCUACGCCGGCAACCAGAAGCUGUCGGUGAAGCUCAUGGUGGACUUCUUCGUGGACAUCGACUUCGGCGACACGCCCGUCGUCCAGACGCCCAUCAUCAACGAGGAGGCCAAGAUCCGCUGCAACCCCAUAUCCAAGCCGCCGCCGCAGGUGGACUGGCUCAAGGACCUGGUGCCUCUCAAGAAUGAUGAGAAUCACAUCAUCCAGCAAGACGGUGUACUGAUCAAGAAGGUGACCGAGGCCGACGAGGGCACGUACAAGUGCCGUGCGCGAGUGCCCGAACUCGGCUCCAUCGACUCCCGAGACAUCCAGGUGGAGGUGCACAUCCCCCCCUCCAUCGACAAGCGCCCUGUUGACGAGAAGGGCGUGGAGAAGGCGUCCGUGACCUUCGAGUGCGGAGCCACCGGCAAGCCCGCGCCCACCUACUCGUGGGUCAACAAGGACAACACUCCCCUCGAGGGCGAGGAAGGCUACUACGUGGACACCGAGAAGGGCAUCCUCACCAUCAUGGACCUCCGGCCGGACCACUCCGGGAGGUACCGCUGCACCGCCGAGAACCCCGCAGGCGCCGACACGGCUGACGCCACGUUGCAGGUCCUCACGAAGCCCAAAGUGGAGCAAUACCUUAACGUCACCCAGGAAGUCGACAGCGAUCUGGAGAUGCGCUGCAUUUCCACCGGCGACCCCUUGCCCAAGAUCAUUUUUCAGAAGUUCUCCAAUGAGCACCCGUUCGUAGAUGGUAUUAACACCGACGACAGAAUUGAGGUCGUGCAGACGGAAGACGACCAGGGCCGCCGCGUUGGCAUCCUCAAGAUUCGUGGAGUAGUGCGCGCUGAUGAUGGACUUUACACAUGCACUGCUACCUCAGAAGGUGGAGAAACACAAGUGUGGGGCCAUAUCACUGUCGAGUUCAUGCCUACCUUUGAAGAUCAGGUCAGGGAUGUUGAAUGGUCAUGGCAGCAGCAACAAGUCAAUCUGACGUGUAUUGCCACAGCUAUUCCUAAUGCUACAAUUCAGUGGUAUCUGCGUAAUGCUGAAAUCGACGCAGCAGACCCUAAUUUGGAAGUCCUCUCCUAUGGUCCUGUGGGAGUUCUGAGGGUCACUCCAGUCAGAAACGAAUACUAUGGCGAUUAUACUUGUGAGGCCACAAACCGACUGGGAAUGAAGGAAUUUGACAUUAAACUGAAGGAAGCCCAUGUGCCUGGACCAGUAGCCAGUGCCAAGGUUCAGAAAAAGACAGCAACAACCAUUACUUGGAACAUUGUGGGACCAGUUGAUGAUGGUGGCCUACCUGUCUUGGGUUACCUUGUGGAGUAUCGUAUGAAGGACCUUCCAUGGGACAAUGCAGAGUCUCAUUAUUGGACUAAAGAUCAGACCUACACACUGGAUAAACUGCAGCCACUUCAGACCUACGUGUUCCGUUUUUCUGCAAGAAGUGAGGUUGGCGAAGGAGAAUGGAGUGGUGAGAAGGAAGAACAAAUGCCACACAUCUCAGUUCCCGAAGAGCCUCUAAUCUUUGAUGUUGAAGAGGGUGUGACAGCUAUCCCCUACCCCAACAAGUUCACUCUUCGAUGGCAACCACCUCUGGAUAAUGGUGAACCUAUUGAUUUAUUCCAAAUCAUGUAUUAUCAGGUGCAAAAUGCAUCAGGUCAGUGGGAGAGCAUUGGCACCAAAAAUGCCGAGGAAGUAGAAUACCCAGCUACAGUCUACACGAUUACGGGUCUUCGAAGCAGCACUUUUUACAAGAUUGAACUGCGAGCGCAUAAUAGUAUUGGAUUUUCUACCCCGGCCGAAGCAGUCAUCAAGACUGCGCAUGAUCCAUCGGCGCCGCCAGGUAGCGGGUCGGGGUCGCCAGUGCAGUACAGUAGCGUUGCCCCCUCCAUCAGUGCCCCCGCCCACGGCAACGAUGAGGCCGCGGCAUCAACCGCCAGUCCGGGAGUGGGACUCAUCGCUGGCAUUGUCGUCAUCGCCGUUCUCGUCAUCGUUGUCAUUGUUGACUUGACAUGUUACUGUACCAAUAAUGCUGGUUUGACUGCGGCUGUCCUGGGUAAGCGCGGUGACAAGGAUAAAGACAAAGAAGCAAUGCUUGAGGACGGAAAGAAUGCCAGAAGGGACUCUAACAGAAAAUCCAAAGUACAAGUGAAUGAAGUGGAUGUCAGGACACUUAAUGCACAAGAUCAAAGACAGCGAAAGCAACAAGCACACAACCAACAUAAUCCUGUUCCAAUUAACAUGCAAUUCAUGGGCCAAAGUGGGGAAUAUGAGAGAAGUCAAAAUGUCCAUGCCAGAAACCCUCAGAUUGUGAAAGCCAUAAUGAAAAGCAAUAGCCAGAACCAGAGUGCCUAUGGACCAAGUGGUCGGCCUUGCAGUAUGGCAAUAGCACUUGAGAAUCCUGUCUUCAGAACGGGUAGCUCGAUGAAGAGUUCCAGUAGCACUCCAAUUCUUGAUCAUGGAACUUCCAGUGACUCUAUUUAUGAUGUUCCUUUCCUGGCACAACAUUCACGUCCUCCAGUACAUUCUCCAGAAACCCCUAAACCAAGACCUCCAUUGCCAGCGAGGAAUCCAAAUACACGGAUGACUUUAGGGGGACAAUCUCAAAGUCAUGACAGACUUCUUAAUCAUAUACAAGAAUCCUCUACAGAUACGUUUUAUGAAGACCAUCCCUCCUAUUUUGGAGGAUCAGGCACUUCAUACAACAUGUCAGCAAGCAGAGAGCCACUAAAUCAGGCACCUAGACCUCCCUACAACAUGUCAGCGAGCAGAGAGCAACGAAAUCAGGCACCAAGACCUCCCUACAACAUGUCAGUGAGCAGAGAGGCACUGAAUCAGGCACCAAGACCUCCCUACAACAUGUCAGCAAGCAGAGAGGCACUGAAUCAGGCACCAAGACCUCCCUACAACAUGUCAGCAAGCAGAGAGGCACUGAAUCAGGCACCAAGACCUCCCUACAACAUGUCAGCAAGCAGAGAGGCACUGAAUCAGGCACCAAGACCUCCCUACAACAUGUCAGCAAGCAGAGAGGCACUAAAUCAGGCACCAAGACCUCCCUACAACAUGUCAGCAAGCAGAGAGGCACUGAAUCAGGCACCAAGACCUCCCUACAACAUGUCAGCAAGCAGAGAGGCACUGAAUCAGGCACCAAGACCUCCCUACAACAUGUCAGCAAGCAGAGAGGCACUGAAUCAGGCACCAAGACCUCCCUACAACAUGUCAGCAAGCAGAGAGGCACUGAAUCAGGCACCAAGACCUCCCUACAACAUGUCAGCAAGCAGAGAGGCACUGAAUCAGGCACCAAGACCUCCCUACAACAUGUCAGCAAGCAGAGAGGCACUAAAUCAGGCACCAAGACCUCCCUACAACAUGUCAUUGUGGAAUGGGACAGGAAGUCCAAUGCUCUCAAGUAAUUCCAGCCAGUCUGGUAUAUAUGAGACAAUAAAUAGUCCUAGGAGAUCCCCAAGUCAGAGCUCAUUAAGUACUCUCUAUCAACCAAUUCAGAGUCCUCAUUAUGAUGCAAAACCCAAAACUGCAUUUGAAGUUGCACCUUAUGAUGAUCCAGUGUCACCAAGUUCAGCAAGGAGACCUGUUGCUGGUAGAGGAGUUCAACCAAAACCUAUGUCAAGGUUACCAGGACAACCAUCAGGCCACACCAUCAGCCCUGAUGCUUCAGCACCACAAAAUCAUGUCCCACCAGCUUUCCGGCCCUCAGUACCACCACCAGCCCCACCACCUUCCACUGAAAAUAAAGAAGACAAGAAACCUCUAAAAACGGUAACAACGCUACUCUUUCGUGAACGUCCUCAGCCGCAGAACCACAGUCAGAGCAUGGAUAAUCUCGAUGCUGCUCAUUAUCCUUCCCAACAAGACAGCCAGAGCUCGACAACAUACAGUCCGCAGUCAAUGACAUCUGCAAGAUCUCUUGGCAGCUUGUUAAGCACAGAUUCCAGCCAACGGUCAUACAAACAACCAACUAUCAUCUAAAUGCUUGCAUGCUAAUGGGGUAGAGUUAGAAUGGCUUCUGUUUUAGCGAAAAGGAUGACAAAGAAGAGAUCCUGAAGGAGGAGCAAAAGGAGGAGGAAGAGAAGCUGAAAAAGAGCGAGUCCAAGAGUAGUGUAACAAAGGAUUCCCCAGUGUAGACCUUUGUCUUCUGCUAGUCUUCAUAUUUACACUUAAAUAGACAGGCUAGAAGAUUUGUAAAACUUUGAGGAGUGAGUGAGUAAUACUUCUACUACAUGUAAUAAAGGACUUCAGCUGCAACAAGGAAAAGAAAACUAAACAAGAGAAUGAGAAAAAGCUUUCCAAGAAUAAUUGCAAUGGGUUAAAAUAAAGUUUGCCAAAGAAAGUGAAUGAUUUAAGUAGACAAAGAGGCUAGGAUUAAUUCAUCACUAGAAAUAUAUUAGCAGCGUGUGGACUCUUAUUCUCUGGUUUUCAGGUACCAUGAACUAUUUUGAGAGUAGAAUAAUGCGUAGUAACAAAAUGACUUCUUAUUGACGUCCUUUUUGUGACUGCAUAUGGUAAAUUUAGAGAAAUAAUGUUUAGAAUGAGGGUCAGUAGUAAAUGUGAAUGCCUGUUAUAAUCCAGCAUUACUUGUGUGCAAGAAACUUCAUGUUCAUUUAUGUACUGAUGGAAGAGUUAUGUGAUUCUCAUAUUGUGAAAGCAUCAGCAAAAUAGUCAUAUAUUUUAGACUCCUCCCUUUUUAUGAAUAUAUAGUUCAUCAAAUGGUCAUGGAAAAGAGUCAGGCAGUACUUUUUGUUUUAUACUGCAAGGUAAAAAAAAAUAUAUAUAAUGAUUUUAAAUGUGUGCAUGGAAGACUUUGCCAUCUUUGCUGUGCUGAUCAUAGCCUUAUCAUGUAAAGGAUAAUACUUUAAUGUUCACAAAUUAAUCGCAAUCUUUGGAUUUGAUGUCUGGGACAAGUUAUUCCUGUGGAUACUGUGCACUUGGUAUUGCCUCUAUGUAUGUAAUUAUAUUUUGGUUCUUUUUAUACCUCAAGGAAAAGGGAAUAAAAAUUAGGCAAUCCAAUGGCUUGCAGCUAACACAACAUUGCAUCGUCUCCAGGAAAACUUUCAACUAGGCCUAGUCAUAUAGCAUAGCCAAUUACGAAACUGAGACGUGUGAUGCCCAUUUCAAAGUACCGUAAUUCAUCUCAGUUGCUAAGUGAAUUUGAUAUAUGGACAUUUUGCAAAUAAUUUUUACAUAUUGCUCUUGGCUGAAUAUCAACACUACCCAGAAUUAAAGAAGUUUUGUUGUUUUCUUACAUUAGAAAAUGUAUUGCAUAUGAUUUAGGUGCAAUGUAGAGUCUACAAAAUGGCUUAUGGUUAAUAUUUUGAGAUUUAUAAUGGACCAAAUUGUAAUUUCUAGAUAAUUAAAAUCAGUGCACUUUAGUAUAUAAUUGAUAAUUUCAAUUCUUAUUUACCAGUGACUGUACAAACAUUUUAAUUAUUUGCUCUCUAAGAUUGACGGAGCUUAUGAAGAGUUUCUUUUGAAGUUUUUUUCAUGGUUGUGUCAUAUCAACCUGGGCAAAUGCCUUAACUAGAUAAGUAUAAACUGAAUUCUUACACAGUAGUUCUGUAUUUUAAUGAUAAUAGGAUGAUAUUUGCCCAGUUGAUAUGACAACAUAUACAUACUGGGUCAAUGGUCUGAACACUCAACUCUAAAUUGUGAUUGGAUGCCCAGUCAUGACCCUUGACUAUGGUUGUUCUAAGAGUCAGUAUGUUGUCAUUACUGCACCCAUGCUUGGGAUCGUGACUGUCAUCUUGUCACCCCUUUUCCAUAACUUGUGUCUUAGAGUUCAAGUUGCAUCAAAUGUAACAAGGCUCUUGUGACAGAGGAGUAUUGCAAAUUCUGAAAUGACACUUAGGUGAAAGAAAUGUCUUAUUUAUUGAAAUCUACUUUAUAGCACCCUUUUGGAUAUUACUUUCUAUACUGGCUAUAUUCCUAAUUCUGCAAAUACCAUUCAUAAUUUUUAGAUAUUUUAUAAAUAUAAGCCUUACACAGGUUUUGAAAGUAAUUUCACUCCAAAUAUAUACCUAGUUAUUUACUGUAAAGCCAGCAACCAGUAACUUAAUCAGUAAUAUAACAUUCAAGUACUUACCUCUGCUCAAGUGCCAUUUAAGAAUUUGACUGCUGUAUGGCUCACCAUUUUUGCAUAAGACAGCACGUGGUUGAUAUCAUAUGGGCGGGCACAGUACCCAUGAUAGCAUUGGAUUUUUUUUUUUUUUUUUUUUUUUCUUUAUUCUUAUCCACAGACACUGCUUUCUGCUUGAAAAAAGUUGUAAAUAUAUUAAUGUAAACAUUUUAACAUCAAUUGCUAUGUGAGAGUUUUGGCUGUGCUUGAGGAUUAUAAUGUGUGUAGCAUUUAAUGGAGAGAGUGAUCUUCUGUAUCAAAAGCAGAGCUCUCACUUACCACUAGAAAAAACAAAAAAAAACACUACAUAGACUUUGUCUAUCUCAUCUGUUUUGUUAUCCACAAUCUGUAAAACAUUCCUUACUAUGAACUUAUUUUACACAUUUAGAAAAAAAUAUAAGUAGACAACCCUGUUUUCUUUUCAUGUACAAUGAAUGAUGAGAGCAUUUAUAUAAACCUAUUGUAGCUGUGUCUGCCCCUACCCGUGUGUUAAUAUAAGGUCAGCUUUUUUAUUGUGAUUACGUAUGACUAAGCUUGUCUGUACUCCAGUGUGGUAAAAAUAAAAUGUCUGCUAUUA